CGACGCAGCGUGACGUCACAAAGGGGCGGGGCGGGCCGAGGGUCCUGCCGGCGCGGGGGCGUGUUCAUCAGUCGCUGUUUGGGACGCUGGGCGUGCGGUGUUCUGUCUCCGCUCCCGUUUCGCUGUCACCACUCAUUCCUUCCCGGAGCCCGGGACAGGCUGGGCGCGCGCUGGUGACGCGUGACCAAAACCAAAGACGGCCAUGAAGUGAGAUCGUGCAAAGUAGCAGAUAAAACGGGCAGCAUCACUAUUUCCGUGUGGGAUGAGAUCGGAGGUCUUAUACAGCCAGGGGAUAUUAUUCGGUUGACCAGAGGGUAUGCAUCCAUGUGGAAAGGAUGUCUGACACUUUAUACUGGAAGGGGUGGUGAACUUCAAAAAAUUGGGGAAUUUUGUAUGGUUUAUUCAGAAGUGCCAAAUUUCAGUGAACCCAACCCAGAUUAUCGAGGACAGCAGAACAAAGGGGCACAGAGUGAACAGAAGAAUAAUUCCACGAAUAAUAAUGUGGGUACAGGUACAUUUGGACCAGUGGGAAAUGGUGUUCACACUGGCACUGAAUCAAGGGGACACCAGUUUUCACAUGCUGGCAGAAGCAAUGGCCGGGGACCUAUAAAUCCACAACUACAAGGAACCGCUAGUAAUCAAACAGUGAUGACCACAAUCAGUAAUGGCAGGGACCCUCGGAGAGCCUUUAAAAGAUGACCUAUGCUAAAUACUCACGUGUAGUUUUUAUACUACGUGCCCUACUUGAACACUUAUUGCACUUUUAUUUAUUGUUAACUGUGAAAAGUAUGUCCUUUAUUGGGUUUCCUUUUAUAUUCUUGGUUUGUUAAGAAGAAUGGUUUGUUUUUAUAGCAAAACUGUUAAGCUGCUCAAGUCUCCUGUUGAAGAAUGGGAACACUGAAAAGUAGGGGCAUUUAUUUUUUAGAGCAAAAAGAUUAUUGGAUAGAUAGCCUCUAAAAAACCUGCACCCAUUUCAUGGGUGAGUUACAUCAGCUUUAUAGCCUCUAUGAGUCUAUCUUCUGUAUAAGUUUUGUAAUAGUUAACAUAAGGCUUAAUGGGAGAUGUUCUUUUGUCUUGUAUUCAGAUAUUGCCAACUAAAGCAAUAACUAUCAAAAAACAAGAACUUGUCAAUGCUAGCAGUAAUUUUUGAGUAUUUGUGGCUCUCAGAAUGAUUGACUUUGUUGAGUGACUACCAUUAAGAUUUUCCAAGGACUGACUCAUCCCAAAUUUUUGUUAUAUUACCAGAAAAACAGAUUCCUUAUCAGAAUUUGGAAUAGAAUGUAAUCUAUAUUUCAACAAGUAAUUUUAAAAGAAAGCUACAUUUAUUUUAGAGUAGUGCUCCUAACAUGUAUUAUCAACUUUGUGGAUUACAUUGGAGGAAAAUUUAAAAGUGGGGCCUUGAAUGUUUAUUUUUUGCAACUACCAUGUUAAAUACUGAAGUAUAAUUUGAGGGAGUUAUAAUGUUAUAAUAAACAUUGAUCUGAUUAUUUUAAAAAAAUUGUAAACAUACUGGAGGUGAGUCAAAUUGAAUUAUAUAGUAACAUGCAGUCUUAAGUCCUCGUUACUUAACAGGUACUCAGCCUGGAGUGAAAAUCCUGGGUACUAACUUUGAGAGGGGUGAGUGUGCAUGUUGUCAAAGUUUCUGAACACAGUUCAUGUAGCCUUAUUAGCAAAAGUUUUAAGAAAUGGCUCUAUCAAAGAAGCAAUUACAGCUUUAUUCAGAAAUGUAAAGGUGGAAUUUAUGUACAUGUCGUAAGUGGUACCCACUUCCCCUUUUUCUGUAGGGUGGAUAACUCUUAGGAUUUAACUCUUUGAAUAUUAUCUCUUGAAUAAAGCGUGUGUUAAUGUUCACAAACCUACCUAAUUUUUGCUCUUUCAAUGACUUACAGUGGAGAGCCAGUACAUCUUUACUACUACUGUUGUAGUGAUGGUAUCAACCUUAUGGUUACUUAGCUCUGCAUUUGUUGCUUUGUUUUUUUUCCACUUCAAAUCACAAAAUAAGUAGAUUUUGUUUUCUGAAAACUCCAUAGCAUUUGAAUACAAAAAGUUGUGCCAGUUUGUCCUACUUCAGCGUGUUUAACAAAUAUUUCAGUACACAGUAUGUAUUAGGCACUGUGUGGAAAGUGUUAAGGGUUAAACAAAAUACCGAAUAAUCUCCACAAGUUUAUUUGUGUUCUAUAGUACUUUUGUAACUGGGGUUACAAAAAUUAGAGAAAUUUUGUUCCUUUAUUCAUAUGCAUAUUCAUGAUUAUAAUUUGGCUUUGUUUGUGAUUAAUGUUUUCUUAAGAUUUUCACAUUGCAGAAUACCUCAGAAGAAGUUGUCUAAGGAUUGGGAUAGAGAGUAUGUUUCUUAAAAUUGUAGAUGUUUAGAAUUUUUAAAAAACAAAUUAGUAUAUGAUUGUUUUAUGUAAGUAAGAUAGGAGCAACACUUUAAAUUAUUUGUAGGAGGAUGUGGCAUUAAAGGUGAUUUUAAAAGAAAAGAUUUUGGAGUUUUAGAAAAUUUAAAUACUGUCAGGUAUGGAAUGCUGGGCUUCCAAUCCUGGCCUCAUUGUCUCCUCACCUGUGAUGUUGGGUGAGUUUUAUUACACUUGAAAUGUCUCUGAGCCUUAGGUUCCACAACUAUGAAAACAAGUAAGUAUGAGUAUCCUUUCUAGACUUGUUUAAGAUUUCCAUGUAAGUAAUUAUAAUGACUUGCGACACAUAAUAAUGUCAUCUUAUACCCCAACAGUAGGAAAAAAAUGCAGAAUUCAGUGUGAAAGUAUUGUUACCCUUUAACACAGUGGUCCCCAACCUUUUUGGCACCAGAGACCAGUUUCCUGGAAGACAGUUUUUCCAUGGGAUGGGGGGAAUGGUUUCGGGAUGAAACUGUUUCACUUCAGGUUAUCAGUCAUUAGUUAGAUUCGCAUAAGGAGCGUGCAACCUGAAUCCCUUGUACACGCAGUUCACAAUAGGGUUCAUGCUCCUAUGAGAAUCUAAUGCCACCACUAAUCUGACAGGAGGCGGAGCUCGGUUACGCUCCCUCGCCUGCCACUUAGCUCCUGCUGGGUGUUCCUGUUCCUAGCAGGCCAGAGUUGAUACUGAUCUAGCGGUUGGGGACCCCUGUUUAACAAGUUGAGAUUAAAUGGAGAAAGACCUAAGCUUUUACUUCUGUGAUUGACACUUGCUUCAAUAAUGUAACCUUGUUCUGUGUUUUUAUCAUUUAUUAACAGAUUUCUUUUUUCUUAAGGGAAGCCUCCAAAAGCAAAGCAAAAUGGAUUACAAUCCAUAAUGAAUAUUUGCCUUACCAGCCUACUGGAACACACUUAUGAAGAAGUUAAGAGGAAGAAAGUUUUCUACCUUCCUCCUUCCUGGUGCUCUCAGCUAUCAACUUUGAAAUAAGUUUAAACAACACCUACUGAAAACAAAAACCACUUAGUAUAAAAAUAUCCCCCACCA